AUGUCUAUUCCAGACGCAAAUUCUCAUCCAGCCUUCUACCACUCGAAAAAACGCAUUUGGGAUUUCCCGAUCACUGUACCAUCGUCACAUUGUAACAAACCACCCCGCCAAACCAAAAUGAAUGCAUACUGUGUUGGUGGAUUUGACAGUCUCUGGAAACUUUGGUAUGCAGUGUUCGUGGUCCUAUCAACUUGUCUAAUUUUCUGGUUGGCAAUUGUUCGGUAUCGAGAAUUCAAAACACAGUCCUUUCAUCCGCGAUUUGGUUUUGAUUGGAAUUGGAGUUUUCCACUGAAUCUUCAGGUGGCAUGUCUAGUUGUUGUCGUGUGCCUCUUUCCCUUGCUAAUUUACGCAUCAAUUUCAAGAGUGGGGCAUUCGGCGAAUGAUGGAAUAGUUCUUGGUAGAGAUUGUCUUCACCUGCACGCCAUGCUAGCCCAACUGCCGUGUUUCCGACUGGCACAGCGGUCAGCCGACCCAGAGGCGGCAGAGCGUCUAAGGGCACGUAUCGCUCGCUCCACUCAGUCAUUGAACGAGGCCACCCACUCUCCCGACUUUGAAUCCUUCAUCAUCCAGGACAGGGUUGACGCUCUUGAACAUGCCAGCUGGUAUGUUGCAACAAGACAGCAACUGCGUCCUUUCGCCUGCCUCAUCCAUGUUCUCAUUGCAUUCGCACUCCUACUACCCGUCUGCGUUUUUGAAGCGGAACAGAUUAAAAAUGAGGCAAUACCACCUGCGUGCUGCAUUAGCGAUGCUGCAAUGGGCGGGCGUUGUCAAUCGCAGACUGAUGAGUCAUGCCAUUGCCUCAUGGGUCACCGUGUUUGCGCAAACACCGUCGACAGCGAUGCUCGCCCGAUCCCGGUGCUGCGCCCUCGCUGCACGAAUGCACAAGGCCACCUAAUUAUAAAUGCUUACUUUACAGAAUACGUCUGGCAUUCAAACUUGGAUUGGUUUCUAAACGGCUUUCGUGGGUGGCUGGAUGUUUAUCCACGUUUAAAUGUUUCGAGUCCCUCCUUAGACAAAAGUCAAAUUCUCUCUGGAUUCGGUGCAAAUUAUAAAAGAAAGGAAAGCAGUAAGCAAUUCAUCGGUCACCCAUAUCCGUCGAUUCCAGCAGACCUUAGCCCCGAAUUUGUUCUUUUGGCGAUAACACUAGUGAUGCUUACAAUUCGCUUCGCUGCACCUUUCUGGUUUACGAGCCGAUCAUUCUCAACUCUUCUCUCUUUGUACACUGCAAUAACCGGAUGGUAUAUUCUACUGGAAGCUGCUGCAGUAGAACUGUUGUUGAAAAUAUACACAGCUGGAAGCCGAGACAAUUAUGGAAACCGUGUUGACGUUAUUCCAAUUAACUUACAGUUGAUGGAGACAUGGGUUUGCAUUCUAACAAGUGCUAUCGGCUUUCUAUCACUUCUUGCUGGAUUGAUGGCUUUGUAUUCUUUUGGAGAACUGUUGUUUCAGCGAUCUGUGACCAACUAUGCCACGUUGAUAAUGGCGGGAGAAUUUGACGUUGCAAAAUUGCAAGACAAUAUUUUAAGGGAAGACAGAGGUUCUGCACUAAUUGAAGAUGGUGUUAUGGAAGAUAAUGAUUUAUUUGGUCCCAGCGUAAUAGCAGUAUCCACAAAGAUAUGGCGGCCGACCCGCAAAGCUUCAGUGGCUCUGGGGAACACAUCAUCCGCUCUAUCAACCAGCAGCGAUACUCUCCGAUCCAAAUCGGCCAGCACGCACGGUAUUCAAAUCAAACCUGCCGGCAAACCAAACAAUCUCAAGGCUUCUAUUUCAUUCUGGCCCUCGCUCAUUUCCGCCUUGUCCUUUGCAUGUCUGGUAAUUACCCGAAGUUGUUUAUUCGGCCCAAUGCUGCAAUGCUAUUGGCAUGCACGGAUUAAACUUCCACUUAUAUACGUGAUCUUCUCAAUAGUGUAUAUGAUCUUUUGGCUUGUACUAUGGUUUGUCGUUACUGUUAAAACGGCGUGGAGAUUUCGCCUGCUGCAUAUGCCUGCCCCAUCCACUAGUCGGUCCAGGUUUGCAUCGCCAAAACAUCGAUCACAUGCUGAACGUCUGGGACUGGGUGUCUCUCAGUUAGCACCUUGGCCACUCAUGAACAAUCCAGCAGCAGCCCAACUAGGGGCAAGUUUUUUCUGGCCUUGGCUGCAAUACCAAAAUGGCUUUUCGCACACGCGAAACGGAAGCCUAGCGUUUGGCGGUUCACCAAACCAAUAUGAUGGAAACUAUAUAGACGGAGGGCCUCCUGAAGUGAACCCAAUGUAUGGAUGCUUCACGGAUACCCAACAAGCCAAUCCUGGAGGACUGCUUCGAGAUGGUCCGCCUACACUGUCUGAUGAGUCUGACAAUGUGAUGCAGAUAGAGUAUGACAGGCCGUCAAACUACGCCUACUUACAAAAGGGAGCAGGUCUAGUUACCAUUUGCGAUGGCGAUGGAGUUUCAGAAGAGUCCUAUCAGCCCUAUAGGAGAAACCCAGCGGACCCCACCUAUGUGAGCCUCGCGUCGCUGGGCCGAGCCAGUAGUCCACAGCGCUCUUCGCAGGGCGGAUCUCGCAGAGGUGCCCUCGGCGCCCGAGUAACCUUUAAGUCUGACGAUGAGGGCGGGACGGCGGAAGGCAACAAUGCCAGCAGUGAUAGCGGUGUUUGCACAAACGGAAGUGGCAGUCGCAUCGUUGGAAAGAUAAAUCUAAGCAACCAUCCUCUAUUUGUUGGAGCAGCUAGUGUAGCCGGUGAUCGAGCUAACAGUUCACAGGGCUUCAUAAAUCAGAAUGCAUCAAAAACGACGCACAGUUCGGUCAGACUGGAAACAGAUGAGAGACUCUGCAGCCAAGUCUGA